AUGAGAAGCUUAUUGAUAUUUUCAGUUUUAUUAAUUCAAAAUGUCUUUGCUGUUUGUGAAAAGAAUGAAACAAUAAUUCGAGGAAGUUGUGGAAAAUGUGAAGAUAAAUUUAAUUUUUGUUCAUUUUGUGAUGAGAAUAGUUGUCUUUCAUGUAAUGAAGGUAAAUAUUUAAAUGAAGGAAGAUGUGAUUUAUGUCCCAGUUAUUGUACUAGUUGUUUUUAUGGUUUUUGUAGUUCUUGUGAAGAUGGAUUUUUUCCAAUGGGAGGUAAUUGUAUAUCUUGUUUAGUUAAUAAUUGUACUAAAUGUCUUUCAAAUGGAGCAUGUUUAGAAUGUGAUUUAAAUCAUUAUUUAAAUAAUAAUAGUUUAUGUUUAUCAUGUGAAGAAGAAUCAUCAUCAAAAUAUUCUCGUUGUUAUUUAAAUUCAAAAGGAGAAUUAGUUGGAACUCAAUGUGGUAAUGGAUAUUAUAAUAAUACAAAUAAUGAAUGUACUUUAUGUGAUGUUAAUAAACAAUGUAAGACAUGUUCUCCAAUUACAGGGAAUUGUAUAAGUUGUGAUUCAACAAAAAUAUUAAUAGAAGGUUCAUGUGUAGAACAAUCAACAGUCCAUUGUUUAACUUCUAAAAAUUCAAGAUGUACUCAAUGUGAUAUAACUUCAUAUUUAAUACAAGGAGUUUGUUAUGAAACUAUUCCUUGUUGGUGGUCUAAUAAAAUAACAGAUAAUUCUCAAGUAGAAACAUCUGAUAGUUAUUCUAUAGACCCUAAUACUAUUAUGGUUAAUAAUUUAUGUUUUGAUAAAUUCUCAACACAUUGUCUUCAAGUAAGUACAAAUACUCAUAGUUGUACAGAAUGUGCAAAUGGAUAUUAUUUAUUUGGUGGUUUAUGUCUUCAAUGUUCUUCUUUCUAUGAACAUUGUAUUGAUUGUGGAGAAAUUCAAAUGAAUAAUUUUACUCAUACUGUAUGUACAUAUUGUGAAGAAGGAUAUUUUAGUGAUGUUGGAUGUAGUCCUUGUAGUAUGAUAAAUGGUUGUAACAAAUGUGAAAAUAUAUUAAGAAAAGGAGAUAUGUCAACAAAGAUUUGUUAUGAAUGUAUUGAUGGAUAUGAACUAAUAGAUGGAAUAUGUAAACCACUUUUAAAUUGUGUUAUGGCAACUGGAUCAUUUUGUCAUGUUUGUCGUAAGAAUUAUCUUCCUCAAAAUGGAAAAUGUGUUCCAAUGAAAGAAGUAAUUCCAAAAUGUUCUUCUACUUUAAAUGGUAAAUGUAAUUCUUGUGAAAAAAAUUAUUAUCUUACUAGUACAAAUGAAUGUCGUUUAUGUAAUAUUAAAGGAUGUUUGACUUGUUCAAUUGAUGGAACUUGUACUUCAUGUGAAAAUGGUUAUUGGUUAGAUAAACGAUUUUGUAGUACAUGUGAUUCAAUAGCUAAUUGUAUUGAAUGUAAUACUGAUGGUUCAGGAUGUUUAUAUUGUAAAGAAGAUUAUUAUGUUUUAAAUGGAUCAUGUGUUUCUUGUUCUUCUGGAAUUACUGACCAUUGUAAGUCAUGUUUACAAAAAGGUAAUACAACUACUUGUACUGUAUGUCAAGAUGGAUAUUCUCUUCAAGAUUCAACAUGUCUUGAAUGCAAGAAUCUUGAUCCUUUAUGUUUAACUUGUUCUUCAUCAGAACCUCGUUGUUUAUCAUGUACAUCAACACAUUUUCCAAUGGGAAAACAAUGUUUAGAAUGUUCUACAAGAUUAGCUCAUUGUCUAAAAUGUUCAAGUUCAGAAGAAUGUACUGAAUGUGAAAGAGGAUAUUACUUAUCUAAUGGAGAAUGUUUUCCAUGUUCAGGUAUGAAAGGGUGUCAAAUAUGUAGUAGUGGAACAGUAUGUACAACAUGUGCUGAAAUUUAUAGACCAUUAAAAAAAGGGAAUGAAGUGAUAUGUUCUUUUGAUGGAGGAGUAGAACAUUGUAGGACAUUUACAACAGAAGGAGUAUGUACAGAAUGUUAUUAUCCUUACACAUUAGAUACUUCAUCAAAUGUAUGUCUUGAUUGUCUUUCAACAAUUGAGAAUUGUGGAGAAUGUUCAACAAAAACAAAACAAUGUACUUCAUGUAUUUCUAAUUUAUAUUAUUUAAAUAAUGAUAAAAUGUGUGAAUUAUGUUCAGUAAGUGUGCCUCAUUGUAAAACAUGUUCUUCUAAUGGUAGUUGUCUUUCUUGUAUUUCUGGAUAUGAAUUAGAGAGUAAUAAUUGUAAAUUAAAAUCUACUAAAGAGAGUGUUAAAUAUUAUAAUAACAAAUAUGAAUAUAAGAGACUUAAUUCAAGUAUUAAAUAUGUAUCUUCAAAUAAUAAAAAAAUAGUUAAAUGUCAACCAAAUUGUAAAGAAUGUAAUAAUAAUGAAUGUGUUAAAUGUGAUGAUUAUUAUUAUUUAGAUAAAACAACAACAUGUGUUUCAUGUUCAAGUCAUUGUAUUUUAUGUAAUAAUAGUAAUGUCUGUAUAAAAUGUGAUUCAAAGACAUAUCUUUCUAAUGGAAAUUGUAUUGAUAUUCCAAUGUUACAUUAUAAAAAAACAGAAAGUAGUACUGAAUUAUGUUCUAAAGCAAUUUUUUCAUGUUCAACAUGUUCAAUUGAUCAAGAAAAUGUAAUAUGUAAUUCUUGUAUUAAAGGAUAUGCAUUUUAUUCAAAAGAACAACGCGUUUGUGUUUAUCAUCAAGGAUUAAUUGAUUCAGAUGGAACAAGAAUUUUAUGUCCAAAAGGAUGUAAUAUUUGUGAUAAAAAUUUACGAUGUUUAAGUACAUAUAGUGAUAAUUCUUUUAUUCAAAAUGGUCAAAUAGUAAAAAUGACAAAUUCUAAUGAAUGUCUUAUAUUUGACACAGACAUCGGUUGUACUUCAUGUAAAUCUUCAAUUACAUCAAAUGGAAUUUGUUUACCAACUACUUCUCAGUGUAAAUAUCAAAUAGUUAAUUCUGAUGGUUCUACUGUUUGUAUUAAAAGUAAUGUAGUUAAACAAUUAUCUCUUAAAACUACUGAUACAAUUGAAUUUCAAACAACAGUUCCUAGUUGUUCAAAUGGUAAGUAUUAUGGAAAAACAACAUGUGUAGAAUGUUCAAAUACUUGUUCAACAUGUAAUAAUAAAACAUUAUGUACAUCUUGUAAAGAAGGAAUAUUAACUUCUGAUGGACAAUGUACUACAUCAAAUAAUUGUGAAACAUUUACAAAUUCAUCAUGUGUUAAAUGUAAAUCAAAUUAUUAUCUUUUAGAUAAUACUUGUAUAAAAUGUCCAGAAGGAUGUCAAGAAUGUGUAAAACUUCAUUCAGGAAUUAAAUGUAGAAUGUGUAGUAAUUCUUCACUUAUUUUAGUUAAAGGAACAUGUGUUACAUUACAACAAGCCCAUUGUAAAAGUAAAUUAAAAAAUUAUCCAUAUUGUUAUGAAUGUGAAAGUGGAUUUAAAUUAAAUAAAGAUGGAUCAUGUGAAUUAAUUUCCAUUAAAGAUUGUAAAUAUAUCUUUAGAGGUGAAUGUAUUAGAUGUUUAAGUCAAAAUUUAUUACUUUCAGAUUUAGGAGAAAUGACUUGUGAUGAAAAAACAACCGAAAGAUGUUUAGUUGAUUCACAAAGUGGUUGUUUAAAAUGUGUUGAUGGAUUUUAUCAGGAUAAUCAAAAUAAUUGUCAACCAUGUGAUGUUUCAUGUCUUAGAUGUGAUGGAACAUCAAAAAAUUGUAGUUCAUGUAGUUUUGGAUAUUAUUUUAAUGAUGAAGGAAUAUGUGAAUAUAUUGGAGAAUUAGCUCAUCAAUGUAAGAAAUUUGUUCCAAAUGGAAGAAGUUGUGCAGCUUGUAAUGAAGGAUAUAUUCUUCAUGAUGGUGGAACAUGUGAAGAAUGUAAUGAAAAAUGUGUUAGUUGUAUUAAAAAUAAAGAUAUAUGUUUAGUUUGUAAUGUUCAAAGAGGAUGGUUUUAUGAUGAACAACAAGGUAAUGAAUUUGAAAGAUGUCAACCAACUUCAUCUUUACAACAUUGUAAACAAUUUGAACAAAAAGGAUGUUCAUUAUGUGAAAAUGGAUAUUAUGUUAAUGCAAAACAUCGUUGUUCACCAUGUAAAAUUGAUUCAUGUUUUGAAUGUACAUCUAAUCGAUGUAAUAAAUGUAAUGAUCAAUAUGUUUUAAAUCAUCAAACUUGUAUAUAUUGGAAAGACAUUAAAAGAUGUAUUUCAUAUGACUCAUCAACCAAAAAAUGUAAUAAAUGUCAAUCUUUAUAUAUACCAACAAAUGAUGGAGCAGAAUGUGUUUUUAAUACAAUAAGUUUAAUUUUAGUUAUUGGAUUGCCAUUAUUUGGGAUAGCAAUUAUUAUUAUUUUAACAAUAAUUAUUAUUUCAUAUAUUUUAUUUGCAUUACAUAAAAAGAAAAAAUUAGAAGAAAGAAAAGCAAAAAUCACUGAACAAUAUAUUGACGUUUUAGAAAGUGAAGGAAUUUAUUUAAAACCUUUUGGUGGAAAUAAUUCUUUUGUUGUUAGUAGUACUGAUUGUUUAGAAUUUUAUGGAGAACUUGAUGAUGAAGUUCCUGUUGGUUUAGAAACAAUUCAAACAAUGUUUAUUGGAAAUAAAAGUGCUAAAAUAAUAAAAUGUCAAUUUAGUUAUAAAUCAAUUGAUGAACGUGUAAGAGUUAGAGUUGAACCAGAACUUAUUGAUAUUAAAAAAGGACAUGCAGUACAAUUUAGUAUUUCAAUUCUUCCAUUUUGUUCAUGUGAAAUAGAUGAAAUUAUUCUUUUUACUGCUGUUAAUAUAAAAACAAAUAAAAUUAUUGAAAUUCCUGUUCAUAUUAUAUUUAAAACAGUUUUAAGUACAAAACUUGAUUAUAAUGAUUUACAAAUAAAGAAACAAAUUGGUAAAGGGUCAUUUGGAAUUGUUUAUCUUGGAGAAUUUAGAGGAAGUAAAGUUGCAAUUAAACGAAUGAUUGAAAAUGCCAGUGAUACAAAACAAUUAGAAGAAUUUGAGAAAGAAGUAGCAAUGUUAGAUAAAUUUAGAAAUGAUUAUAUUGUUCAUUUUUAUGGAGCAGUAUUUAUUCCUAAUAAAAUAUGUAUGGUAAUGGAAUUUGCAGAAUAUGGUUCUCUUGAAGAUUUAAUUAAAAAAAGAAGUAAUAAUCCUUUAUCAAUGGAACUUCGUAUGAAAAUUAUGUUGGAUGCUGCUAAAGGAAUUGAAUAUCUUCAUUCAAAUGGAAUAUUACAUCGUGAUAUUAAACCUGAUAAUAUUUUGGUUGUAUCUUUAGAAGAAAAUAUUAAAGUUAACGGUAAAUUAACUGAUUUUGGAAGUGCAAGAAAUGUUAAUUUAAUGCUAAGUAAUAUGACAUUUACUAAAGGAAUUGGUUCACCAACAUAUAUGGCUCCAGAAAUACUUAAUAAAAAGAAAUAUGAAAAACCAGCAGAUAUUUAUUCAUUUUCAAUCUCUUUAUACCAAAUAAUUAUUUACCAUGACCCUUAUAAAGGAAUAUGUGAAUAUCCAUGGGAUAUUAUUGAUUUUAUCCAAAAAGAUAAUUAUCUUCCUUUCCCUGAAGAAGCAACUGAAGAGAUGAAUUUAUUAUUACAAAAUACUUGGAAUCAUUCUCCUUUAAAACGAAUUAGUAUAAAAGAAGUUAUCUGUUCGUUACAAAAAAUCUUACAAUCAAUUCGUUCUAAAACAGAAAAAACAAUUUAUUAA